UAUUAAUAAUUUCUGUGAAGUUCACUGGCGUAAGCGAACCUCGCAGCAUUUCAUCACGAGCAGCAGGGCGCAAAGUGAUCAAGGGAUCGUCUAGUGUACCAAAGUGUGUUGCAGCUUAACGCGUUGCUCUACAACCAUGCACGAUCGGCAAUUCGACACAUUGGAGGAAACGGAUCGACUUAUUACCAGCUUUAUGAAGACACGGAAAUGGAGAAAAAUUGUGGAAAUCGGACAAGAGCUAGCGCCAACCGAACGGUCACGGUAUCUCUGGGCCUGGCCAACCGAGCAGGAUGUCGAACGGAUCGGUGAAGUGCUUGGUCGGCUCGAAGUCAACUUGAUCGCUAGCGUGGGGUGCGGAUCGGGACUGUUGGAAUGGAUAGUCAGCUGUGCUUAUGAUACCAUCACGUUCAGAGGGAUCGAGAUCGAUGAAGAUUGGUGGAGCUCCAAGUACGCACCGAUCAGCUACAUUCCAUUGAAGUUUAUGCACGGUUCCGGACGUGGCCUGUUGCAAGAACUGACCGAUGCAACAGAUGGGCUCAUGUUUUGCUAUUUCAACAACGGCGAUGCUUUUACUCAGUAUGUCGAAGCGUUUAAGGGGCGCUACGUCAUUAUCGUUGGCCCUCGGAGUGAUCGCGGUGUGCACACGAAUCCGCUACCGAUGGCACCGGGAGAUUCUUUUCUGGAACGGUGGCAAUUGCUGGAACAUUUCGACCUAGGCAGUGAAAACAUAAAUUGUGUAGCUGUCUAUCAAUGCAAGAAGACUGAAGAUCAAUAAAAUUAAUUUCUCAUAUUUCGUA